AUGUCACUAAAAAAAUUGAUUUCUUAUAACUCUCAAAAUGAUCAAUUUAGUGGUUAUGAAGACUUUGGUAUAGAUCAUGAGUUUGUUGAUAUGAAAAUGAAUCGCAUCUGUGACCAAGCAUUAGUUGUUAUGAUUAAAGGUAUAGUUAAACCUUGGAAACAAAUACUAGGAUAUUUUUUUUCUAAAGGACCAGUAUCUGGCUUUAGACUUAAAAACAUUAUGACUGAUGUUAUUAAUAAAGUUGAAGAUGCUGGUUUUAUUCCAAAAGUUAUUAUAUGUGACCAAGGUACCAAUAAUAUUGGUAUGAGAAAUUUAUUUGGAGCCACACAAACACAACCAUUCAUCAACAUCAAUGAUGAAAACAUUUAUUUCUUUCAUGACAGUCCUCAUUUAAUUAAAUCAGUGAGAAAUAAUCUAAAAAAAUACAAUUUCAGUUAUGAAAAUGAUUCUUGUAGUUGGUCAGAUUUAGCAGAUUUUUAUAAUUUAGACAAAAACAAAAAGCCAAGGUUAGCUCCUCGAUUAAAUAAAAUUCACAUGGAUCUACCACCAUUCUCACCAAUGCGUGUUUGUUUGGCAACCCAAACAUUAAGCCAUUCUGUUAGUUCUGGUAUGAUGACUUUAAUUUCACUGAAUGAAAUGAAAAGUUCAGCUAUACAUACAGCAAGAUUUAUAGAAUUCUUUGAUAAUUUAUUUGAUGUUUUUAACAGUAUAACACACAGUGAGGCAAAAACAUUAAGAAAGCCAUUAACUAAAACUUCUGAUCAUUGGAAUUUUUUGAAUGAAGCAGAACAGGUAUUAGGAAAACUUAAAGUUCACAAUAGAACUGGUAAAUUACCACCAUGUAUAGAAGAUUUCUUACUAACAAGAAGACUAACACAAGACUGUGUAGAAAAUGUGUUCUCAGUAGUAAGGUCAAAAGGAGGUAAUAAUGUCACACCUGACGCCACAAAAUUUCAUUCAGCAAUCCGUAUGUGUAUGUGCAAUACUUUAUUAGAACCCUCCAAAAGUGGAAAUUGUGAAUCUGAAUGUGAUGCAGUUCAAUUUUUGACUAAAUGCAGUGAGCUAAAAAAAAUUAAAAUACAGCUAAAAUUAAUAGGUGAUCCAAAUGAUGAUGAAUAUUCUGAUAAAGAAGAUUUUCUUAAUUCACAUUUAUCUUCAAUGAAUAUUGAAAAUAUAUUAAUGGAGAAUCAUGAGGCUUGUGCGAUAGGCUAUGUAGCAGGAUGGGUGUGUAGCAAAUUGAUUCAUCAAGAAUGUGUUGAUAAGCUAGCUGCCAAAAGUGGGGAUAAUUUUCAAGUCAACUUGGAAAAUACACACAUAGAAAUGAAAUCGUAUCAAAAUGCCAAUUUAUUAUAUCCAUUUAAAAACACACUGGAAUUUGCAAAAAAAGUUACGUCUCACCGUUUCGGGAAAACACCAGAUAACGAUGAUGAAGGCAUGAAUAAGGUUUGA